AUGCCCAACAACUCGGCGAUCAGCAACAGUAAAAAGCGACCACUGGUGAGUGUCUCCACAUCGGUGCCCAAAUACGCAGGACCUGCUUGGGUUUUGGCACUGCAGACGAAGAAGAACACAUCUCGGCUGAACAGCACGUUCAGGCUGAUGGCCAUGCGGGUGUCUAGCGCAUCUCGUCAGAGAGCACACGGUGAGGUGAACUUCCACAUGCCGCAGUUCUGGUCUAGUCAUGGCUGUUUCAAAAAGUAUCUGAAUAGGUUCGGCCACGUGAGUUCGCCAUUCUGCAUCGCGUGCGGAGAUGCAGAGGAAACGCCUGAGCACGUAGUCCUCGAAUGCCCGCGAUUCGAGCACGAGCGAAACGGAAUGAGAACCAUUGUCGGUGAGGACGUUAACAUGACCAAUAUUGUCGAAAGAAUGUGUGCGAGCAAAGAAAAAUGGGACGCGGUGAACAGAACAGUCGUUCAGAUUAUGUCAGCGUUGCAACGAAGCUGGCGAGAGGAGCAACGACCAGCAACGUAG